GACUUAAGCCAUCCGAGAUUGGCUUGACGAUCCUUGCCUUUGCUUCCUCAUACACAUCCGCAGCUGCAAGGUCUUUUCUCGAGCUCAUACCCUAUUCCAGACUCCAGGUUGACCAGUACUUCAACGACGGGCACACAGUCAAGAGCCGCUUGCGAUCCGCCCUCUGAGCCAUCAGCCUAGAUCUACUGGACCUCGACAGCUCUUGAGGUCCCCUCCUCCUAUCAGACCUCACCCACCACUACCUCGACGUCCUCCACAAUGGCACGUCCCGUCGCCUCUACACCGCACCUAGUCUGGGCCGCAGGCCACUUCAUCACCUUCGCCGCCGGGCUCCGCUACCUCAUCGGUGUCCUCUUCUUCUCCGCCGGAAGCCUCUCGCGAUGGUACACCGUGGCUUAUCUAGGAGCCCUCGUCUCGUAUGGAGUAGUGGUAUACAAGGCAUUUGGUGUGCCACAGAUGAACAAGGCUUAUGUUAGGAGGACAGCCAUGGAUGAGAAUGUGCAGUACCUAUUCUUGGCAAUGUACUGGUGGAUUAACAAGCCAAUCUUCCUCACUCUCGUCCCAUACGUGACAUUCUCCUUGUUCCACGUCCUCACCUUCUUCCGCACAACGGUCAUCCCCAUGGCCUUCCCCUCUGCCGCUCCCGCCCCUGCCGGCAAGACUGAGACGGCCGCAAGUCAGACUACUCCAGCCAAGGCGAGCAAAUUCGUGCAGACGUGGGUCAAGAAGAACUACGACCCAGCCAUGCGAUUCGUAGCCUACUCCGAGGUCUUCAUCUUUGCACGGAUCUUGCUAGGAGCCAUUACCCUGCGCAACUCCCUCCUGGCACCUCUCCUCUAUGCACACUUCCUCCGCUUGCGAUUCUACAUGUCCUCCUUCACACGUGCUGCUUUCCAGCACGUGGGAGGUGUACUGGACAAUUUGACCAACAAGCCCGAGUGCCCGCCGUUUGUACGCAAGGGAUACUUGACACUCAUGGACCUGAUCAACCGAUAUGCUAGCACUGUCCUCAGUGUGCCUGCUAAUGGUGCUGGAGGAGCAGCGGGUUCAGCAGGAGCAUCUUCGGCGGCGAGCGGAUCAGCUACAGGCGUGGAAGGCGCUGCGUCUUCGGCAAACAGACGCUAGAGAGACGGAGAAACGAAGGGCGCGAGGGACUGAGUACGAUCAGCGGUGGGUCAGACGAACGCAGCAGCGCUUUGCUGGACAUUGAGAAGGAGGGAAUUAUCCAGGAUGGUAGUGGAAGUGUGGAGGAGGCGAGCAGAGUAAGGGAGAGCGGGCUCCAGAGCUCGACCUCGAUCUUGGAAGAGUCGAGUCUCACAAGCAAUGCGAGGUAACUGCAAUAGUGACGCUUGCUUUCCAUCCUCCGCAAUUUGAACUUUACGAUCUAGCCUACGAAUGUCAUAUCCUUGAUCGCUGAAUAUUGCUUGUGGUGGUGCUACUGAAACGUGGCGCAUAAUGCUCGGCAGGUAGGCAGGCUUGCGGGGGCGAGUUUAAUCUGUUCCUACCGCUACCCCUCACCGGUCUGUGCAACCUCAAGUAUGUCUCACUUU